AUGUAUUUUCGAAAUGAAGAUAGUUCAGCAAUGAGAAUAUGUUUAAAAAAGAUACAAAGAUCUUCUGAUUCUGCUAUUAAAGAAUUGAUCCCAGAUGGUUUCGCUUGUCAUCAUGCUGGAAUGUUACGUGUUGAUCGUAGUUUAGUAGAAAAGUUAUUUUCAGAUGGAUAUAUACGUGUACUAGUCUGUACAGCAACAUUAGCUUGGGGUGUUAAUCUACCAGCGCAUGCAGUUAUCAUUAAAGGUACACGUGUGUAUAAAGCUGAAAAAUCAGAUUUUGUCAAUUUAGAUGUAUUGGAUGUGUUACAAAUAUUUGGUCGUGCAGGUCGACCACAGUUUGAUACACAUGGUCAAGCAAUUUUGAUAACUACACAAGAUUCAUUGACACAUUAUUUACGUUUAAUUACUAAUCAAGGACCAAUUGAAAGUACUUUAUUGAAUAAUUUACAUGAUCAUUUGAAUGCAGAAAUUGCUCUAGGUACUGUUUCUAAUAUCGAUGAAGCUGUGACAUGGCUUAGUUACACUUAUUUAUUUAUUCGUCUAAGGCAGAAUCCACUUCAAUACGGUUUGACUACAGCUGUACUUGAGCGUGAUCCAGAUCUAGUUGAAUUUUUGGGACGUGUUGUGCGUACUUGUGCAACAGAUUUAGAUGCUGCUGAAAUGAUACGUUAUGAACCAGCUACUGGUCAAUUAGCAUCUACAGAUCGUGGACGUACAGCUAGUUUAUAUUAUAUUCGUUAUGCAACUGCUGCUAUGGUGAAAGAUACACUGGAACCAACAAUGAUGAUUCCUCAACUAUUUUCAAUGUUAAGUGAAGCAUCUGAAUUUGCAUCGAUGAAAGUACGUGAAGAAGAAGGAACAGAACUUGUUGAUAUAAAGAAUAAAGUUUGUCAUCUACCUAUUCAACAAGCUGGUACAGUGGAUACAGAUGUUGUAGCCAAAGUGAAUGCUCUUCUUCAAGGUUAUAUAAGUCGUCAUAUACCAAGUUGUCAUUCAUUAACAUCAGAUAUGAAUUUUGUACAACAGAAUGCUGGACGUUUAGUUAGAUAUUUAUUUGAGAUUUCAUUGCGUCAAGGUUGGUCUCAAUGUGCUAGUAUUACGCUUACAUUAGCAAAAAUGUUUGAACAACGAUUAUGGGAUGGGCAAAGUCCAUUAUGGCAGUUCAUUGAAAAUGGUAAACAACGAUUAGUUCAACGUGUUGAAGAACUCCAUCUGUCGAUAGAUCGAAUUCGUGAAAUUGAUGUCAAUGAAUUAGCACUAUUGUUUCAUUAUCAGGGUAAAGAAGGUGCACGAGAGAUACGUCGUUUAGCUUCUUAUGUACCAAGAAUAGAGUUGAAUGUUGAAUCACAGCCUAUUACACGGACUAUAUUACGCGUUAAGCUUACCCUUGAACCUGAUUUCUCAUGGUCUAAUCAAAUUCAUGGAGUACAACAAUCAUAUUGGAUAUGGAUUGAAGAUCCUGAUCAAGGCGUAAUAUUUCAUUCAGAAUAUUGGACAUUGACAAAACGUAUGUACAGCUCAAAGGUGCCUCAAAUUUUAAAUUUCACUAUUCCAUUGUAUGAACCCCAUCCAAAUCAAUACUAUGUACGUGUUCUCAGUGAUUGUUGGCUUGGAGCAGAUUCUACUUGUCCAGUUUCAUUUAAACGACUUAUUCUACCAAGUAGUGAUCCACCUCAUACAGAUUUACUUCGAUUACAACCUCUACCAAUAACUGCUUUGAAAAAUUCCAAUUAUGAACUAUUAUACAAUUUUUCACACUUCAAUCCUAUUCAAACUCAACUAUUUCAUACAUUAUAUCAUCAAAAUGUGAAUGUUCUUUUGGGUGCACCAACAGGUUCUGGUAAAACUGUUGCUGCAGAAUUGGCCAUUUUUCGUGUAUUUAAUGAAUCACCUAAACAAAAGUGUGUAUACAUUGCCCCAUUGAAAGCGCUUGUACGUGAACGUAUUGAAGAUUGGAAUGUUAGAAUAGGCCAAAAGUUGAAGAAGCGCGUUGUUGAAUUAACUGGCGAUGUAACUCCCGACAUUCAACAUUUAAUACGAUCCGAUUUAAUAGUAACUACUCCUGAAAAAUGGGAUGGUAUUUCACGAUCAUGGCAACACAGAGCCUAUGUUCGUCAAGUUGCUUUAAUUGUGAUUGAUGAAAUUCAUUUACUCGGAGAAGAACGUGGUCCAGUCCUUGAAGUUCUUGUUUCACGAGCUAACUACAUAGCAAAUCAACUUGGUCAGUCUAUUCGAAUUAUUGGAUUGUCUACUGCUUUAGCAAAUGCACCAGAUUUAGCUGCUUGGUUACAUGUCCCAUCUACAAUGACAUCUAUAUCAGAGGUUGCUGCAAUCUCAGGUAUUGAUUAUGGUUUAACUGGUAGAGGUUUAUUCAAUUUUCGACCAUCUGUUAGACCAGUCCCUUUAGAAGUUCAUAUUCAAGGUUAUCCUGGUCGACAUUAUUGUCCACGUAUGGCUACAAUGAAUAGACCAAUUUAUCAAGCCAUUCGUAGUCAUUCACCUAUCAAACCAGUACUCAUCUUUGUAUCAAGUCGUCGACAGACUAGACUAACUGCUUUAGAUUUGGUUAGCUUUGUUGCAGCCUCAGAGAAUUCCAAGUGUUGGUUGCAUAUGAAACCAGAAGAAAUGGAAUUAAUCUGUGAAAAUAUUCAAGAAGCAAAUCUACGCCUUACUUUAUCCUUCGGUAUUGGAUUACAUCAUGCUGGUUUACAAAAUAAGGAUAGAUCAUUAGUUGAAGAGUUGUUUGCAAAUCAAAAAAUUCAAAUUUUAAUCGCUACUUCAACAUUAGCUUGGGGUGUAAACUUUCCAGCGCAUUUAGUUAUCGUCAAAGGUACUGAAUAUUAUGAUGGCAAAACAAAAACUUAUGUGGAUUAUCCAAUUACUGAUGUCCUUCAAAUGAUGGGACGUGCUGGACGUCCACAAUUUGAUGAUCAAGGCAAAGCUGUUAUUAUGGUACAAAAUUCAAAGAAAACAUUCUAUAAACGAUUUCUAUAUGAACCAUUCCCUGUAGAAAGUUAUUUACUUCAUGUACUACCAGAUCAUUUGAAUGCAGAAGUAGUGGCUGGAACAAUUACAACUAUGCAAGAAGCAUUAGAUUAUCUAACAUGGACUUUCUUUUUUCGACGUCUUUAUUCAAAUCCAUGUUAUUAUGGUUUAGAAGAAUGUGAACAAAAAUCUGUGAAUAACUUUUUAUCAGGAAUAAUUACAAGUGCUUGUCAACAAUUGACUGAUUCGUCAUGUUUACAAAAAGAUGAAAUAAAUGAACAGAGAUUAAUAUCAACACCACUUGGACGUUUAGCUUCAUAUUAUUAUUUAUCACAUUUAACUAUUAAAUUAUUCACGACCACAAUUAGAUCAACAUCUAGUGUACAUGAUCUUUUAAAAGUACUAUCAAGUGCACAUGAAUACUUUCUAUUACCUGUCCGACAUAAUGAAGAUGAAAUGAAUAAAGUAUUGGCAAGUCAACUACCUUUACCAGCCAUUGGUGCAAUGGAUUGUCCACAUACAAAAACUCACUUGUUAUUUCAAGCUCAUUUUUCACGUAUUGAAGAAUUACCAAUUGUUGAUUAUCGAACAGAUACACGAUCUGUACUAGAUCAAGCUAUAAGAAUAUUACAAGCUAUGUUAGAUGUUAGUGCAGAGUGCGGAUGGCUUCGUACUUGUUUAAAUUGCAUAAUUCUUAUGCAAAUGAUUACUCAAGGAUUAUGGGUUGAAGAAUAUGGUAGUAGUCUGUUACAAUUACCUAAAAUAACACGUGAACAUUUGGACUUGUUCAAAGGUGGUCGUAAUAAAAAUAUCAAUUCGUUACCUGAACUUAUCGACUAUGUGGCAUAUUCACCCAAUCGGUUAGAUUCAAUGCUUCAAGGUCAUAUCGAACAAAAUAUUAUCAAUCUUGUAAAACAGACAAUUAAACGUUUCCCAAUUAUCGAAAUACGUUCUUGUUUAGUUGGUCCAGAUCCAUCAUUAUCAUCUACACUAUCAAUAACAUCUCAAUCAGUUCGAGUAUUUACUAUAAAUAAUAUUGGUCAAAGUUCAAAUUGUCUUGAUGUUUAUGCAGAUACAGAAUAUGUUCUUCGUGUAGAAUUAAUACGUUCAGCUAUUGAUGAGACAAAUGGAAAUAAGCCAGUUAUCACUGCCUCUUUAAUCAAAUCUAAACUAUAUGAAGGUUGGUUUCUAUUAUUGGGUAAUUGUUAUAUGAAUAUGAAUAAUGGUGGAGAAUUGUUAGUUUUAAAACGUGUCUCAUCACAAAUGAUUAUAAUGAAUAAUAAUAAGUUAUCAUUGAAAUUAUUAAAGAAUAAAAGGUAUUUUAUUAAUUUAAUGAUUAAAUUUCCAUCUCCAAUCAUAUUGCCAAAUGUUAAUAUUGAAUCAAGACAACGUUAUCAGUUAACUUUAUUUCUAAUGUCAGAUACCUAUUUAGGAUUAGAUCAACAGAUUGAUUUAUUUUUUGAUGUUAUUUGUAAACCUUGUAAUAAGUUUAACUAUAAUGAUUGUGCUGUGAACUCUGAUUUGAUCGAAAUCGAUGAUGAUGAAUUGUGA